AAAAUUUGUGUUUUUUGUAGUCACUGUAUCUCAAGAUUCAAGAAAUGCAUACAUUUUUAUUGAAUAUUUAUGGAGCAACAUAAUUUGUAUAAAAAAACAGAAGAUUGUUUUGAAUAAAAUGCAUCUUUUUAUUAUUAUUAUUAUUUUUAAAGGUGAUGAGGGAGACAAACUGCGCUAUAACAAUUGCCCCGGUAUGUACACUAUGGCUGUCUCUCGUUUGGAAGGCUGUGUGCUAUGUAGGACGCGUCCUUUAAAGGCUGUAGUAUACAGAGUGAAGUAUAUAUUAUAUACUAUAAUAGUAUAUAUUCUUUCCGUUGAAGCAAAGAAUUGUGGAUUGUGAGUGCCCACGAAGGAUACACCUCAUGCAUCCUCUGAAUUCCCGUAAAAGAAGGUCGCAUUCGAAGGCUGCAUUCAGAGUCUCCUACUCACUUUUCUGAAACGAUACAGCCUCGAUGACGUAUGCAGCUGACAAAUGCGACCACCGGAGUACGCGUCCUUCCAAACGAGACACAGCCUAUGUUACCCCCUAUGUGAGCCUAUCCACAAAAUUCCUGAGUCCCAUGAUGCUUUGCGGGCGAUGUGGGCAGAACUUCCGGUUAAGCGUAAACAAUCGUUAUGUUAUGUACUAAUGCAGCAUUAAAAAUGACAGAAACUUGUGAACAAAUGAUCACAAAAUUACAGUGAGUUGAUAUUGUUCUUCCCCACCUAUCUGUUAUUGAUUAUGGGUGGGAGGAUGAUGGCCAGAUAUCACAAAUAGAAGUAUUUUAGGUAAUUUGUUCACUGUAGAAGUUAUCCAUUCAGCAUCACAGCAUGGAAAGAGUUGAAACAUCAUCACUGCUCACAGACAGUUCAGGAAAAACACCAUUACUUUUUAUACUCAGUAAUAAUGGCAUUUCAAACAUGUGAAGCAUUCACAAAGGCCAAUGCUGAAUAGAAAUGAACAGACUCUCAAAAUGUCUAAUGAACUUUCAGCACAUGUACACACACCAGUUAGCACAAUAAUGCUAUUGUUUUUAUGUAAUUCACUGCACUCCGUUUCUGGACAUCAGAACAUCAGCCGGACCAAAACGGUGGAUAAUAUACAGUUGAAGUCAGAAGUUUACAUAUACCUUAGCCAAAUACAUUUAAACUCAGUUUUUCACAGUUCCUGACAUUUAAUCGUAGAAAACAUUCCCUGUCUUAGGUCAGUUAGGAUCACUAUUUUAAGAAUGUGAAAUGUCAGAAUAAUAGUAGAGAGAAUGAUUUAUUUCAGCUUUUAUUUCUUUCAUCACAUUCCCAGUGGGUCAGAAGUUUACAUACACUUUGUUAGUAUUUGGUAGCAUUGCCUUUAAUUGUUUAACUUGGAUCAAACAUUUUGGGUAGCCUUCCACAAGCUUCUCACAAUAAGUUGCUGGAAUUUUGGCCCAUUCCUCCAAACAGAACUGGUGUUACUGAGUCAGGUUUGUAGGCCUCCUCGCACAUGCUUUUUCAUUUCUGCCCACAAAUCAGAUUGAGGUCAGGGCUUUGUGAUGGCCACUCCAAUACCUUGACUUUGUUGUCCUUAAGCCAUUUUGCCAAAACUUUGGAGGUAUGUUUAUCAUUAUCCAUUUGGAAGACCCAUUUGUGACAAGCUUUAACUUCCUGGCUGAUGUCUUGAGAUGUUGCUUCAGUAUAUCCACAUAAUUUUCCUUCCUCAUGAUGCCAUCUAUUUUGUGAAGUGCACCAGUACCUCCUGCAGCAAAGUACCCCCACAACAUGAUGCUGCCACCCCCAUGCCUCACUGGUGUUCUUCGGCUUGCAAGCCUCACCCUUUUUUCUCCAAACAUAAUGAUGGUCAUUAUGGCCAAAUAGUUAAAUGUUGGUUUCAUCAGACCAGAGGACAUUUCUCCAAAAAGUAAGAUCUUUGUCCCCAUAUGCACUUGCAAACUGUUGUCUGGCUUUUUUUUAUGGUAGUGGCUUCUUCCUUGCUGAGCAGCCCUUCAGGUUAUGUCGAUAUAGGACUCGUUUUACUGUGGAUAUAGAUACUUGUCUACCUGUUUCCUCCAGCAUCUUCACAAGGUCCUUUGCUGUUGUUCUGGGAUUGAUUUGCACUUUUCGCACCAAACUAUGUUAAUCACUAUGAAAAAGAAUGUGUCUCCUUCCUGAGCGGUAUGAUGGCUGCGUGGUCCCAUGGUGUUUAUACUUGCGUACUAUUGUUUGUGCAGAUGAACGUGGUACCUUCAGGCAUUUGGACAUUGCUCCCAAGGAUGAAUCAGACUUGUGGUGGUCCACAAUUUUUUUUUCUGAGGCUGAUUUCUUUUGAUUUUCUUAUGAUGUCAAGCAAAGAGGCAUUGAGUUUGAAGGUAGGCUUUAAAAUACAUCCACAGGCACACCUCCAAUUGACUCAAAUUAGCCAAUUAGCUUAUCAGAAGCUAAAUUAGGCUUGACAUAAUUUUCUGGAAUUCUCCCAGCUGUCUAAAGGCACAGUUACCUUAGUGUAUGUAAACUUCUGACCCACUGGAAUUGUGAAAUAGUCAAUUAAAAGUGAAAUAAUCUGUCUGUAAACAAUUGUUGAAAAAAUUACUCGCGUCAUGCACAAAGUAGAUGUCCUAAACGAUUUGCCAAAACUAUAGUUGCUAAUAUGAAAUCUGUGGAGUGGUUAAAAAAUUAGUUUUAAUGACUUCAACCUUAGUGUAUGUAAAUUUCUGGCUUCAACUGUUAAGUAAUCCCCACUGUUGACUUCUUGCCAAUAAAGUAAAAAGAGCACACAAACAAAUUAUUCCAAAGCUUUUUCAAACAGAUUUUCCUAAGUCAACCCUACUGUUGGCAGCCGAUGGAAGAAGCAGCAUCUGGGACUGGAGCGUUUUGCUUUGCGAGUGGUUUCUGUUUUUAGAUAAAAGUUAAGUUUCGCUUGAUUAUUAGGAUAACCAUUAACUGCACACAUUGUCCAGGAAAUUUUAAAGACAUCUUACAACAUUUAACCCUUUCACACGUACGAUCAAACCGGUGCGAUUCAGUUACAAUGUGUGACGUAGUCAUACUGCCACGUUCAAAGCUGCGUUCACGCCAUGGGCUCACGCUGAGCCAGAGAGGUGCUUGCAGAGCGGUUGUCAUUUAUAGAACACAAUCAGUCUUUUCAACCACAUAAUGUUUAUUUUAUGCUGCAGACUUACAUAUAACCACUAAAGUAUGUUUAUAACAUAGAGUUUGUAUUUACACACUGAUAUAUUUAAAGCGUAGUUUCACACUGUUUGGUGUCAUGUUUCAUUCGCAUCUAAAUGCCACUCCUAUUUUUAUCCCAAUUCCCCAGUGACUUGUUUGUAUGCUUACUGGGAGAAGUGGAUGAUGUUGCGUGUUGUCCGAUGGACAAUCUCCCAGAUUAUUGCAGCAUAAACAAGCAUGGCUGCACCUGUAGCCCGUUAAAACUCCCCAUUAGCUCGAUGAUAAUACAACCAUUAUAAACUUUUUUAAAAACACGUUUAUUUUCAUAUAUUUAGAAAUCGGAAUGUUACAUAUUUCAUUAUCUAAUGAAGAAGUUUAUGGAAAUUGAAAUUGAGGUCUUUUUUUUUUUUUUCCCUCCCUUUGUCAAGUGAGGUCAUCACUACGUCACUUUUACUUCAGACUCGCACUCAACACUGAUUUUGGACACACAUUCACUUUUCAACACAGUUUAGCAUUUUUAUUAUUAUUAUUAUUAUUUCUUUUUUUACAUUUUAAUCAUACAUUUAGUUUAAACAAAAUGUCUGGCAGUCCUUUUACAAUGGACAGAAGAAUAAGACAACUGACAAAUGAAGAAAUUAGGGACAAAUUUUUUAAUUCUGAUGAGGAUCUGCCUCCAAAUCUUGAAGCCCUUGACAUCAGUGAAGAUGAAGGUACACAUACCCACGUCAAUUCACUCUCAAAUGGAGUUGAUGUCAACUGUUCCUCCUGGAGGACAAUCAGCGAUUUUAACCCUCCUGGACCUGGGGUUGCUUUUGAUGACCGGACGUGUGGCGUGCAAAACCCUCCAGAAUCCCCCAGUGAAGUCCAAUGUUUUAAGAUGUUCCUUACUGAGGAACUAAUUGAGGAAAGUGUUGAGGAAACAAACUGCUAAACCUCAGAGCUGCAGGAGAAAACACCACCUGAAGUGAAAGGGAAGAUCACAAAGUGGGUUCCAACAAAUGCUCAUGAAAUGUACACAUUCCUGCUGACAGUGCUCCUAAUGGUAAUUGUGAAAAAAAACUCACUUUGUGAUUAUUGGAGUACAGACCCCAUGCUCCUGAGACCAUUGUUCGGGUCUUUGUUUUCCCAGGACCGCUUCCUUCUGCUGCUCCACUGCCUACACUUCUCCAACAAUGCAAUAGCAAACAUCAACGACCCCCUGCAAAAAAAAUCAGAAACAUAUUAACUGCUUUCACAUCAUCAUUUCGUCACAUCUUUGUGCCCUACAGGGAUCUGUGUGUCGAUGAGUUGCUGAUGAAAUUCAAGGGUAGGCUGGCAUUUCGCCAGUUCACCACAGAUUUGGGGUAAAAAAAAAAUUGUGUUAUGUGAUGUGUUCACCGGUUACGUGCAGGACAUGAUCAUACACACAGGAUCCACCACCAACAUCCAGCACUAUGAAUGCCUUGGGAUCUCUGGGUCCGUUUUCAUGACAUUACUGGCUCCAUACUUGAAAAAGGGUCACAUCCUGUACGUGGACAACUGGUACAGUAGUACCACACUGUUCCAACACUUCCUGUCUCUGGACACAAGAGCUUGUGGGACUGUAUGAGCCAACAGGAAUGGAAUGCCAACAUUCAUCUGCAAAAUGACAAAGAGCCAGGUUGAAUGUAAAGAAAAUUAGAGAAAAAGAACACAACUGGCAGUGAAAUGGCAUGACGAGAGGGAUGUUCACCUCCUUACCACGGUCCACCCAUCUACCACGUCAGCCAACGGAAAGGUCAAUCACAUCACCAGAGAAAGAAAGAUGAAGCCUCUCUGUGUGCUGAAAUCGAACAAAAAGAUGGGGAGAGUGGACAAGGCUGACAUGAUGAAAGGCUUUCUUGAGUGUGCCAGAAAAACCACCAAAUGGAACAAGAAAGUCUUUUCACCUAUUGACACUGCUGUACUGAACAUCCACAUUGUCCACCGUCAACUUACGGGAAAAGUCAUCACGUCCCUGCAACUCAGGAUGAACCUGAUGAGAGGACUGCUAGAGGAGCACAGCACACCAUCCAAUGGGGGCCGCCCUGCAUUGGACACUCCACUGCGUUUGAGUGCGGUCCACUGCGGGACUUUUCCCCUCCGAUGUCCCGUAGACAGCUUCCCAGGGCAGCAGGACCAGGCGGCACUGCAAGGUCUGCCUCUCCAGCACUCACAGGACAAAGCAGAGGCACCUCACCAAGUUCAUAAUGAAAUCUGCUUGACAUGCUACUGAAGAUGGAGUUUGUUAAAGAGGAGUUUAAAGAGGAGGGUGAGGAUGUCAGUUUUUCAGAACCAUUCAGUCUGAAGAAUGAAGACACUGAGGAACAAAGAAAUGUGAUGAACCCAAAAGAGGAAAGUCAAGAACUGAAUGAAGAGGAGGAGAAACAUCAGUAUCAGGAACCUGAUAAAUUCAUAACUGGAGAAAAAUCUUUAAAUGGCACACAGACUAAAAAUAAAUCCUUGCAAAACAGAACUCGAAGAACAGAAUCAGAAAAUUCUUUCACCUGCCUUCAGUGUGGAAAGAGUUUCAAGCAUAAAGGAAGCCUUAAUUUACACAUUAAAAUUCACUCUGGAGAGAAGCCUUUUACAUGCCUCCAGUGUGGCAAGAGUUUCACACAAAAAGGAAAUCUUAUUAGCCACAUAAGAACUCACUCUGGUGAGAAGCCUUUCACUUGCCUCUGGUGUGGCAAGAGUUUCACACAAAAAGGAAGCCUUGUUAGCCACAUAAGAACUCACACUGGAGAGAAGCCCUUUACGUGCCUCCAAUGUGGUAAGAGUUUCACAAAUAUAGGAAGUCUGAAUGAUCACAUGAGAAUUCACACUAGAGAGACCCCAUACACAUGCCUUCUGUGUGGAAAGAGUUUCACAGAAAUAAAAACCCUUGAUGAUCACAUGAGAAUUCACACUGGAGAGAGGGCUUUCACAUGUCUUCAGUGUGGGAAGAGUUUUUCUCAGCUGGUCUGUUUCAAAAAACAUCAGGAAAUACAUACUGGUGUGAAAGCUCAUGUGUGCGGCGAGUGUGGAAAAGCCUUUGUCCGAAUCAGCACCUUGAAACAGCACCAAAGAGUUCAUACAAGAGAAAAACCUUACAAGUGUUCACAUUGUGAAACUAGUUUUGCUCACCCAAAACACCUGAUAACACAUGAGAAAGUGCAUGCUGGAGAGAGGACAUAUGACUGCUCUCAAUGUGGGAGGAGUUUCAGCUUGCCAAAUACUCUACAGAGACAUUUAAAGAAGAAUUGCCCAAAGAUGUCACAGUGAGCAAACUUGAGAAUCUUUCCCUGCAGUCCAAACAGGAUAAAUCCGCCUUCGAAGGGGACUUCAAAGGGACAACAAUCAUGACUGACAUGUUGAAGGGUUGUUUCAAACCAAAGGGGCUUUUGAAUUAACCUUUCCACAAUGUUCAAUUGAUGGACACUUCGCUGCCAAGCGAACCGGACCAUACGUCAUAAAUCUAGAGGCAAGCCAUGUGUGAUGUAAAUUAAACCAGUUUCGACUGCAAACAGACUCUGGUUCUUUGUACCAAAACAUGUGAGCACUUGAAAGUAUAUAGUUUACACAGUGCUAGAAACUGACAUCUGUAAAGUCACGGUCACAUUUACCUUUGCACAGUGAAACUUGCAUGUGAAAUAUUGCCAUUUCAAUGGGAUUCCGUGCGAUUGUCUAUUUCGCACUAUAAAGUUCCGGUGGUGAAGAGUUUCCCCUUAAGGAUUUCAUGUAGAGUUCAAGUUUGGUGAACUUUGACAGGCGAAUUUGUCACGUUGACCAAUAGCAAGUUUUAAUACUGUUAAACGCACAGGCAUUACACAGUCACAUUGUCACAUACCUAGACAUUCCAUUUGCACAACAAAUUAUAAAAUGCACAAGUAGAUAAAUACAUGACACAAAACAACCCGCCCAUCCAAGUGUUGCAUUGACAAUGAACAUAACUCCACAGUGUUGGCACAGCCCUUUCACAGACAGAGUAUUGUAAGGUGGGUUUUUCGACAGUGGUUCAAGCUGUAGGAAUGCCGAGGUGACUAAA